AACACGGCGUUAUAGCUUGUUCUCCACCGAGCUAACGCGCUACCACAGGCAUCCUCCGGCUGAAUUAGCUCGCAGGCUAGUGGAUGCUGUGAUAGCGCUAAUCAUCGCUGUGUGAGCUAAGCUACCCGCGUUAGCUUGUCUAGGACACACCACUAGUCUCAAACUAAUUAUUGCCACGUCGCUAUUUUCUUCGUGGAGUUUGGUUCAAGUGGUAGCGGCAGUUAUGGUUUUAUUGUUUGCUAGUCGACGUUAUUAUGUGUGCUUGUCCUCUAGUUGUCCCCAGAACAGCCGAUGAAACCAGAAGAUAUGGCUGCCUUGGACGUGGACAGCAGUCAAAGCGACUUUCUGCAGCAGGAGCAAGGCAGGGGCAGCCAGGACACUCAGCCAUCACCCCUCGACCUGCUAGCAACCACCUGCACUAAGGUUGGGUCACCGUCAUCAGAGGUGGACAGAGGUGCUGUAGCUGAUGUGACAUCAUAUCCAUCUACUCAGCUUACUGGAACUGAAAAAUGGGAGAUUUUGACCUCCACAUCAGCAGCAAAAGAUGAAUCUGGAUUUAUACAAAUCCAAAAUCAAGGAAUAUUAACAUCGAACGGACAGUAUGUUCUUCCUCUUCAGAACUUACAGAGUCAGCCAAUCUUUGUGACAUCGGGAACGGACGCCUCCUCUGCCAAUUCAGUGCCUAACAUUCAGUACCAAGUAAUUCCUCAGAUUCAAACAGCAGAUGGACAGCUGAGCUUCUCCACUUCCGGCAUGGAAGGAGCAACUCUGUCUCAGAACACCACAGGGCAGAUUCAGAUCUUUUCUGACGGUAGCCAGAGUCUCAGUAUAACACCAACUGCAAACAUCCUUAAUAACAACCAGAACCUCAUAUCACAGACUGGUAAUGUCCAGCAGCUCCAGGGGGUUUCUCUUGGCAACGCCACCUUCAACAACCAGGGUCAGGUUGUUACUAAUGUGCCUCUGGGUUUUCCUGGGAACAUUACUUUUGUUCCUAUUAAUAGUGUGGACUUGGACUCCCUUGGCCUCUCUGGUGCUCAAACUAUAGCAACAGGGGUGACUGCUGAUGGCCAGCUAAUUAUGACGAGUCAGCCCAUUGAUGGCUCGGAGAGUUUGGCGAAGACCGAUAAUCACCUUUCACAGACACUACCAGUAGAAGGCUCAAAUGCAAAUCAUGAGAUAUAUGUGCCAACAUCUUCCUCUCAGCUACACAUUCCAACGAACGAAUCAGGUCUGCUGACACAAGACACUUCAUUGUCAUCAGUGGGUACAGAGCAAGCUGAUUCGAGUUCUGGUCUCCAGGAGGGCUUCCUCCAACAGAACCAGGAGCAGAGCAUCCAGGUGUCUUCAGCUCAGUCCAUCAUCCAGCUGCAACAGGUACCUAUUCAGACCACCAAUGGUCAGAUGGUCCAGUCCAUGGCAACAGGCGGGCAGAACCUGCAGCUGAUCAACCCGGGAACAUUCAUCAUCCAAGCUCAGACGGUCACACCGUCGGGUCAGAUACAAUGGCAGACCUUUCAGGUGCAGGGAGUGCAGAACCUACAGAAUCUGCAGCUGCCAACAACCCCACCCCAGCAGAUAACCCUGGCUCCAGUCCAGACGCUAUCACUGGGUUCCAGUUCAGUCGGCAUCAGCACGGGACAGAUGCCCAACCUGCAGACAGUGACAGUCAACACAAUGGCUCAACAUGAAGGAGAUACAGACAAUCUUGGAGACAUUCAGAUAAAAGAAGAGCCAGACUCUGAAGACUGGCAGCUAAGCACCGACUCCACCCUGAACACAAGCGACCUGUCCCACCUUCGCGUCAGGCUAGUGGACGACGAGGACCAGUUGGGUCAGGAGGGCAAGAGGCUGCGCAGAGUGGCGUGUACUUGCCCCAACUGUAAAGAGUCAGGUGGGAGGGGAUCCAGCACGGGGAAAAAGAAGCAGCACAUCUGCCACAUUGCUGGCUGUGGGAAAGUAUAUGGAAAGACAUCACACCUGCGAGCACACCUGCGCUGGCAUUCAGGGGAGCGACCUUUUGUUUGCAGCUGGAUGUUCUGUGGGAAGAGGUUCACACGCAGCGACGAGCUGCAGAGACACAGGAGAACACACACAGGAGAGAAGAAGUUUGUCUGCCCAGAGUGUUCAAAGCGCUUCAUGCGGAGCGACCACCUGGCGAAGCACAUUAAAACUCAUCAGAACAAAAAAGGCGUGAACUCUGGCAGCGCUAUGGUGGCCUCGAUGGAAUCUGCGGGGUCCUCAGACAGUAUCAUCACCACGGCAGGCGGGACCACCCUCAUCCUCACCAACAUCCAGCAGGGUUCCAGCAACGCCCAGGACAUCCUGGCCAAUGUAGAGAUCCCUCUCCAGCUCGUCACCACGGUAGCGGAAGUCAUGGAGUGAUUUAACACUCCACUUAUGAACUUCUACAACCUUUCUCAUACUGUGUACUCCUACCUGCAUUUUUAUUCGAAUUUUGAAGAAAAACUUAUAAUUAUAAAUAUACAUACAGUAUAUAUUUUAACACGGAAAUAGUCAGGUCAUGUCUAUACUCAGUUUUCACUGAGGAAAAACUAGUAUUGGAGACUAAAAGAAGAUAAGUGGGGAAAAAAGACAUUGCAGUAGACACACAAUGAAAUGCCUUAUUUUGUAUAAUAUUCUGUCAUUGGAAAUGUAGGAUGCCAUUUUGUUUUGAACCUACUAUUUUGUGUUUGUGUUUUUCACAAAAACAUAUUGGUAAGUUGAGCAAUUUCUCUCCUCCACUUUUUUUUUUCAUGGUAUAUUCUUAUGACGUCCUUGGUCAGCAAGGUUUGUUCCAUCCUUUAAGCAAAGAUUUAAUCUCACAACAGAGCUAAUUUUAAGUAAUGUUAUUGCUUAUGUCCAUGCAAAUAUAUUCAUGUUGUGUGUUUUAAAAAAAUAUAUAUUAUGCAUUCUUAUUUUAAUCUUCUUGCAAAUUAGCCAGCCAUACUGAAAAGCUUUGCUCACACUUGCAACAUUUUGCAGGUGAAAAUCAAAACAAUCAACAUUUUGUAUUGUAAUUCCUCUUGAACAUAUACUGUUGAUAUGAUGCACAUUAUUUGCUUAUUACAUAUUUUGACUGAACAGCUAUUUAUAUUUGGGCUUUACAUAGAAAACGCAUUUGUGAUAUUAAAAGUCAAAGAUAUUUGAAAUGG